AUGCCAUUAAUUCAACAACAAGCGGUAGAGAAAUUUGUUAAAUUUACCAACACAACAGCAGGUCGUGAUAAGGCAUAUAGAAGUGUUCAGUUCUUUGCUCGUUUUCUAGUUUGGUGUUUAAGUCGUAAAGGUUAUGAUAAGGAAACUAUUCAACGUUUUAACCUUUUGAAGAAUAUUUUGGGUAGUUCCAGGAAAUUAUUCCGGUUUGGAAAAUUUGUGGAGAAUUUGCAAAACGCUAGUAAAGCCUAUUACAAUACUGAAGGGUUCGCGAAAUUUACUACCGUUGGUAAACAAAUUUCUUUCUCUGUCUAUUUGUUUUUGGAUUCAUUAGCUUGGAUUCAUAGCACUGGUGCAUAUAAAUUCAAUCAAAUUAAACGAAUGAAUGAAACUUCUGCUAGAUUUUGGUUUAUUGAUUUUCUCGACAUUACAAUUCCUGCCACAGUCCUUGGCUAUAUUAAGUGGGAAGAUGGUUUGAUUGGUCUUGCUGGAUUAAUUUCAUCAAUCUUAGAAAGAUCCGCAAUGACAGAAUCAAAUUCUUAUCAACAAGCUUCUAAUCAAGACUAUUGUAAUGGAUCGUCUAUCAACGGAAAUACAAAUGGUUCCACCCAAAAUGACUCUUCAAAACAAAAGAAACCUUCCUAUCAAUUGAAGUAUAGUUUGAUGGGACAUAAAAAACCUAUUUCUAGUGUAAAAUUUUCUCCUGACGGAAAAUGGCUUGCUAGUUCCUCUGCUGAUAAAACUAUAAAAAUCUGGAACGCUUAUACUGGUCAAUAUCAAAGAACUUUUGAAGGACAUGCCCAAGGAAUAUCAGACGUAGCGUGGGCUAUUGAUUCAAUGUCAUUAUGUUCAGGAUCAGAUGACACAACGAUACGAAUCUGGCAUAUGAAUCAGGACAAUGCUGUAAAAAUUCUCAGAGGUCACACGAAUUAUGUUUUCAGCGUGAAUUAUAAUCCUCAAUCAAGUUUAAUCGUUUCCGGUUCUUUUGAUGAAAGUGUGAGAAUUUGGGACGUUAGAAAUGGAAAAUGUGUGAAAAUCUUGCCUGCCCAUUCUGAUCCUGUCUCUGCCGUACAUUUUAAUAGAGACGGAACAAUGAUCGUUUCAUGUGGUUAUGAUGGAUUAAUUUUUUCUGUUACUGGUGGAAAGUGGAUUGUAAGUGGUAGCGAAGAUCAUUGUAUCUAUAUAUGGAAUUUGCAGAGCAAAGAAAUCGUUCAAAAAUUGGAAGGUCAUACUGAUGUUGUUCUCACUAUCGCAUGUCAUCCAACUAAAGAUAUAAUCGCAUCUGGUGCAAUUGGGAACGACAAAACCAUUAAAAUAUGGGUUGAUAAAUAA